UGUGUGCCACACUAUCUGGAAGUACAUGAGUGCGGCUGAACAUACCCAGGACACUAGAAUCAAACCACCGACCUUUUUGUGGAGUAGUUAUUAUGAAGACAACGCCUCGACACUGACACCAGCCAUCAAGAGCCGGGGAAUAAUAUAUCCUAUAUAUCCCGCUGCUAAAAGGUGACUUUUGUCGGAAGACGUGAAGAGAACCCGUGCAUGAUUUCAGAGGAGCGGCAAUCGAGCCGAGGCUGAAGGAAAAAGAGAAAGAUUAUUCUCUCUCUCUCGUUUUUUUCCACCCUUCGUCGUGCAGCAGUCUGCUUCACACUCUACCCAACGGUCCAUCUGGCUGCUUCAGUGGUAGCCAAAUUUGUUUUGUAAGCGCCUUUUUUUCUGGUCAAGCUCUUCUCCAGGCUGAGAUCUUUCGAAAUUAACAAUUUUUAUGUAUAGCUGCAGUUGAAAAACAAUACCUGUUCUUUCACCUGCAUGGUCACAUUUGAUCAUUAUUUCAUUCUCGUUUUGUACACCUGUACCCACCCUAUGGGAAUCAUCAUUGUUUUGAAGCAAUUGACUGACAUAAAGACAAUCAUGAUUCAAUUGUUCUGCAGACCUUGCAGUCCCACAUAGUCGACAGUUUAUUUCCACCUUUUCCAGUCUCGCCGAGACAAAUUGGCCAAACACCGUGAUCAUUCAAGCGGCCAAUCAGAACUGUAAUAUUAGUAUGAGUUAUGAGAACCAUGACGCUGCCCCUAGCAACGGCUCACGGGGCGGAGGCGGUCAGGCCGACGAAGAGGACGAGGCCGGCCACGGGUCUCCCGACAUGAGCGGAGGCUCCACGUCGCCGGAGGGCGUCAACCGGGACAGCGGCUCGUCCCCGAGCGGCGCGUCGGGAGGGGCCGGCGGCUCGUCGGGCGGCGGCGACCCGCAGGGCACCACCUCGGACGACACGGACGCGCUGUCGAGCGGCAACGACUCCGGCGAGCGCGAGGAGCGGGAGAACGGCUCGCGCGGGAUGCAGUUCCCGCGCAGCUACCAGAGCUCGUCCAACGGCAAGGACUCGGGGAUGAUGCUGGAGACGACGGAGAGCAACAAGAGCUCAAACUCCCACAGCCCGUCCCCCCCCAGCAGCUCGCUGGGCUACAGCCUGUUGAGCGGGGGCAGCUCGGAGCGCGACCCCCCCAGCACCAGCGGCUGCAGCAGCGACCAGUCGGCGCGCGUCCGGACGCAGAAGGAGCUGAUGAAGGCCCUCAAGGAGCUCAAGAUCCGCCUGCCGGCCGAGCGCAAGCCCAAGGGACGCUCGUCCACGCUCAACGCGCUCAAGUACGCGCUCAGCUGCGUCAAGCAAGUCCGAGCCAAUCAAGAGUACUACCACCAGUGGAACAUUGAGGAGUGCCAUGGCUGCAGUCUGGACCUCUCCGCUUUUACCAUCGAUGAGCUGGACAACAUCACAUCUGAGUACACCCUCAAGAACACUGACACCUGUUCGAUCGCCGUGUCCUUCCUGUCGGGCAAGGUGGUGUACAUCUCGCCGGAGAGCUCCUCGCUGAUGCGCUGCAAGCCCGAGCGCCUGCAGGGGGCGCUGUUCUCGGAGCUGCUGGCGCCGCAGGACAUCAGCACCUUCUACAGCAGCACCGCGCCCUGCCGCCUGCCGCCCUGGGCCGCCUGCAUCGGCUCCGCCUCCCCGCCAGUGGACUGCACGCAGGAGAAGUCGAUGUUCUGCCGCAUCAGUGCGGACGCGCUGCACGGCGGCGAGAUGCGCUACUACCCGUUCCGCCUGACGCCCUACCAGCUGACGCUGCGCGACUCGGACGCCGCCGAGCCACAGCCCUGCUGCCUGCUCAUCGCCGAGAGGGUCCACUCGGGUUACGAAGCCCCCCGUAUUCCCCCAGACAAAAGGAUCUUCACCACCAGCCACACUCCCAGCUGCCUCUUCCAGGAGGUAGACGAGAGAGCGGUGCCGUUGCUAGGUUACCUGCCACAGGACCUGGUAGGCACACCAGUGCUGCUGUACGUUCACCCCGAGGACAGACACAUUAUGGUGGCUAUUCACAAGAAGAUCCUCCAGUUUGCUGGGCAGCCCUUCGACCACUCUCCCCUGCGGAUGUGCGCGCGCAGCGGGGAGUACCUGACCAUCGACACCUCCUGGUCCUCCUUUGUCAACCCCUGGAGCAGGAAGGUGGCCUUCAUUGUAGGACGCCACAAAGUCAGAACGAGCCCUCUGAACGAGGACGUGUUCACCCCUCCGCGGGCGGCCGAGGCGCGCUCCAUGGUGCCCGAGAUCCCGCAGCUGAGCGAGCAGAUCCACCGGCUCCUGGCGCAGCCGGUCCACUGCGGCGGCUCGCAGGGCUACAGCAGCCUGACCAGCAGUGGCUCCCACGGCGGCUCCCACGAGCAGCACCAGAGCGCCGCCAGCUCGUCCGAGAGCACCGGGCCCGUGCCCGAGGACAUCAUCGCCGCCGCGCAGCUCCUCAAGCCGAUGACCUUCCAGCAGAUCUGCAAGGACGUGCACAUGGUGAAGACCAGCGGUCAGCAGGUGUUCAUCGAGUCCAGAAAUCGCCCUCCGCCACGGAAGCAUGCCAACACCGGGGCCAGCGGAACUUUGAGAGCCAUCAGAGGCUCUGAGCCAAUCGGCAGCUUGAACCCGCAGACGGUCCUGCCCCCCAAGAACACGGCUCCCUCUCAGCUCAUGAGGAAGGAGCCGCCCAGUGCCUACUCCUACCAGCAGAUCAACUGCCUGGACAGCAUCAUAAGGUACUUGGAGGGCUGCAACAUGCCCAGCACGGUCAAGAGGAAGUGUGGCUCCUCCUCCUGCACGGCCUCCUCGACCUCUGACGACGACAAGCAGCAGGAGACUGCAGGCAACUCUGAAGGUCCGGCGGUAGCUCUUGUGGGGGAGGCUCCUCCUUUACCCCCCCUCGCAUUGCCCAAACCCGAAAGCGUCGCCUCGGUAACCUCUCAGUGCAGUUUCAGCAGCACCAUCGUCCACGUGGGAGACAAGAAACCGCCUGAGUCAGACAUAGUCAUGGAGGAUGCCCCUCCCACCCCAUCGUCAGCACCUCCCACGGCCCAAGUGUCGGUGACCCCCGCCCCCACCACUGCCACCACCGCCACCGCCUUCUCCCCUCCGCCGGUGCCCGUCACGCCCACGCCCGCGCCCAGCCCGGCGCCUCUGGCCUCCGAGAGGGAGUCUCGGCGAGGUGGAGGAGGAGGUGGCGCUGCGAGCAGGCGUGGCCUGACGAAGGAGGUGCUGUCGGCGCACACGCAGAAGGAGGAGCAGAACUUCCUGUACCGCUUCCGCGACCUGAGCCAGCUGCGCGUGUUCGACCCGGCCACGCCGCUGAGGAGGCACACCGCUACGCCACUGGCCAGAGGGGUGCGCUGUUCCCGUGACUACCCUGCAGCAGGCAGCAGUAGUCGGCGUCGGGGCCGGGGCGGCAAGCGCCUGAAGCACCAGGAGUCGAUCGACCAGGGCAGCCAAGCCUUGCGAGGCCCCACGGGGCCCCCCGUGCCCACCCUACCGGCGGCCCCCCUUACCUCCACCUUCCCCCUGGGGCCCCCGACCACCUCCUCGUCCUGGCCCACGUCCGUGGGCUCCCAGGCCAGCCUGCCGUCGGUGUCCUACCCGCCGGGCAUGCUGCCCCUCUACCCGCUCUACCCGCCUCUGACCGACCCGUCGCUGCAGGCCGGCCUCCGCUUCCCGCUGCAGAACGUCCCCAUGUCGCCGCAGAUGGCGCAGAUGCCGCCCAUGCCGCAAAUGCCGCCUAUGCCGCAGAUGCCGCCUAUGCCGCAGAUGCCGCCUAUGCCGCAGAUGCCGCCCAUGCCGCAGAUGCCCCAGAUGCCGCCCAUGCCGCAGAUGCCGCAGAUGCCCCCCAUGCCGCAGAUGCCCCCCAUGAUGGCGUUGGUGCUGCCCAACUACAUGUUCCCGCAGAUGAACGCGCCCCUCGCCCAGCCGGCCCUCGCGGCCACGGGCAUGGGCACCGUGCCCUUCUUCAACCCGAACUCGGCCUUCGUGCCACCCUUCGCCGCGGCGGGCGCUGGCGGGGUCAUCCCCGGCAUGGCGCCACUUCCGCCCAGAAGCCUGCAGCAGCAGCAGCAGCAGACGACCGCGACGCCCACCCUCGCCCAGGGGCCCCGCCCCGCAUCUCGCUCCAGCACGCCGCUGUCCAGCAGCCAGAGGGAGGGCGGCGGCGGCGGGGAGGAGUCCAUGCUCCUGCCCUCCAGCCGGUGCUCGUCUCCGCUCAACCUGCUCCAGCUCGAGGAGCCGCCCAGCAGCCGUCUGGAGGGGUCGGCCCAGCAAGCCAUGUCCACGGCAGGGGUCAGCGGCCAGAGAGGAGGAGCCGAGGACUCCAAAGACAAUGAGAAUGGCGAAGCCAACAAUGACGCCAUGUCGACCUCGAGUGACUUCCUGGACCUCCUACUACAGGAGGACUCCAGGUCGGGCACAGGGUCGGCCGCCUCUGGCUCCGGGUCCUCGGGCUCAGGGUCCUCUGGAUCCGGUUUGGGAUCCUCGGGCUCAGGCUCGGGCUCGGGCUCGGGCUCGGGCUCCAACUCCAACUCCAACGGCUGCAGCUCGUCGGGGAGCCGGACCAGAAGCAGCCAGAGCAGCAACACCAGUAAAUACUUUGGCAGCAUCGACUCGUCGGAGAAUGACCACUCCCGCAAGCAGUCAGCAGGUGGCGACGGCGAGGCUCAGUUCAUCAAGUGCGUCCUCCAGGACCCCAUCUGGCUCCUCAUGGCCAACACGGACGACAAGGUCAUGAUGACCUACCAGCUGCCCACCAGAGACCGUGAGACGGUGCUGCGUGAGGACCGGAUGGCUCUGAGGGCCAUGCAGAAGCAACAGCCGCGCUUCACCGAGGAGCAGAAGCGAGAGCUGAGCCAGGUCCACCCGUGGAUCCGCACCGGACGGCUGCCCCGCGCCAUCAACAUAUCGGCAUGCCAAGGGUGCAAAUCCCCUACCACCACCGCCCCACCAGCACCUCCCUUCGACGUGGAGAUCCACGAGAUGGAGCUCUGCAGCGCGCUCACCACCACAGAGGAGGCCGCCGCGUCCGCCGAGAAACUGACCCCGGCCGACACGGCCAUGGAGGAGGGCGACGCGGAGGCCGAGAAGAGGAAAGGGUCCGAAGUGGUGGUGGUCGAGGACGCAGAGACAGACAAUGCACUGGGCAAAGACCAGGAAAUGGCGACGGAGGAGCAGGAAAUGACGUCGUCACAAUCGGAGCAGUCGAAAGUCAUAGUGAUGACGCACUGACUUCACUAAGCAAAGAGGGCAGCAGUGCUGCUUUUCGGGACUGUUAUGGGACAAGACGUGAAGGUGCUCACUGCACUCUGUCUGCUCCCAAUGCCUCUCCCACAGAGGUUUUUACUUACUGACCGUUAGCAGUCUUAACGACAAGACUACGGUCACGGGACGUUGUUGACGGUUCUCCCACAGAGGUUUUUACUUACUGACCGUUAGCAGUCUUAACGACAAGACUACGGUCACGGGACGUUGUUGACGGUUAUUGUAUGGUACAGACUUCUUAUGUCUCCUGGUAUAAUUUUUUUUUCUCUUGAGAGAGUUUUGCUCAGAAGUGCAAUCAAGCGCAAGACAAGGCACUAAGCAAAUGAAUGUCGUUUUUAUAAGAAGGUGAAAUGGCCACUGUAAUGUGUAGACAGUAAUGUUGCAGCCAGUGCUCCCCCCCGAACCCCCCUCCCCCCAACAUAGAGGGAUUUGGUUUAAUCCACCCGGGUUCAUUCCCGCUGGGUAGUUUUAUUUGGCAAGGAAAAGAGGGGGGAUUUACCUGCUCAGACCUCCUGUGUGUUGUUCUGUGGAAUGCUGCCUGGGGGGAAUGCAAAUGUUCCUCAGUAUUUCUUUUUUUUUUUUCCAAACUUGUGUCUGCAGAAAGUUUUUCAAACACUUAUUUUUGUAGCUGAAAAAACAAAACAAAAAAAAAGGUCUGUGAAAGCAGUCUGUCUCUGACCAAAAUUUACUCCAGAAACAAGACCUAAACAAACCGGUUUACCUUGUUUUAUGACCAGUACUCUUAUUGUUUUUAUACUUCGUCAUUGUACAGAAUGUCCUUUCCAUGAAGUCUUGUGUAUAACGGGUGUUGAUGAAAUCCGGAAGUGGAUUGUUCAGAUACAGACACGGAAUACACUACAACACAACAGAAGUUGUAUAUAUCGUCAUGGUAACAAGCGGGUGUAGUUUGUAACUCCGUAUUUGGGUUACAUUAGCCAGGAACCUGUUGAUGUUCACAUUUCACACUAUGUAUAUUGUCAGGCGCACAACAAAUGAACUCUGAUAAGUUGGACAUUCCACGACUCUUUGUGGACUCCUAAGAAGUAUCAAGGCAACGGUGUCUAUGGUAACCACCUAGCCAGUGGCCCCUUGUAGGGGCCAUUGUCUACUGAUUGGACAGAGGCAUUGGGACAUUGCCAUUGGCCAGUGCCUGUUCUACAGCUUGGACGGAAUACCCCAACUUGACGAGGAUGGAGGUGACGACUAGAGGUGGAUGCAUGGACAACAAAGGGAGACAGGAUUAAAAGAGUCUUUGGACAACAUGGCCGAAACACUAUUAAUGAUGAAGAAGACACCAGACGAGGGAGUCACACACUCUCUUUCUUUCUCUCCUUGUCUCUAUCUUUUUCCCCAUUUCUCUCUCUCUCUCUCUCUAUGACCAACAUCUCUCUGCAGCUAUUCCAAGUGGUCGUCUUGGUUGUCAUCUCUCUCCUAUUUCCUGUCUGUUUUUUCAGGGUGAUGUGAUUCUCUGCUUCAGUGGUCCUCAGCCGUUUGUAUUUUUUUUGUGAAUUUCUUUAUAUUGGAAAAAAUUAUUAUAAUAAUAAUAAAACAAUGAAAUGAU